AUGAGCAGCACGAACCCACCACCUCCACCUCCGGGUCAAGGGGGAAAGGGGAAAACACCCAUUCGUCAGGCACCUGAAGUACCAAGCGGGUCGAAUGCGUCGAGCUUGGCUCCAACCGCCGAACCACUGCAAGCAAACCCGGAAGCACAGAUAGUCGUCGUUCUCAUACACGGGCUCAACAGUUCCCCGGACGCGUUUAUUGGAGCAGAUGGGAGCAGCUGGGCGACGACCCUCGACAAGGACAUCGCACCCCUUAUUGGUAACAAACAGGUCGAAGUCGUUCAGGUCGGAUGGCAAACCCAACCCCUCAGCCCGGCAAACACCAGUUUGAACAUCACCGAUACAACACCAUUUCUGCUGGAUGCCAUUGCUGCUCAAGUUAGAGGCAGACAAUGGGUGGCGGUUGGCCACAGCAUGGGUGGUAUGGAAAUUCUGGCGGCCAUGGGAACGGCUUUUGCAGAAACCACACAGACGGGCGGAAAUCCGAAGACGUCGAGCGCUCAACGAAUACAAAGUUGGGGAGCUCUGUUGAAUGGUUGUCUCGGCAUAUUCAGGCUUGCUUCCCCCGGCCAGGGUUCUCCUUGGGGGCAGUUUGGGUUGAUUUUAAGCACGGUGGCGCCUCAUGCCAAUCCCGGUCAAGUCCGUGGCCUGGUGAUAAAUUCAACCGAGUCACAAAAUAUCACAAAGUCUUCCAACGCUUGGUUUGAGAGCCGUCAGAAGGCCAAUCGCACAGUCAACAUUGUGGACUACGACGGGUCAGCCUUUAACAUCAGCUCCACCAGACUGACAAAAUCCUUGACCGUCAAGCUUCCGGGAGAAACCCAUACAAGUGCCCCGAAAGCCCCGGCUGGCAGUCCCACGGCGAAUGUCCUCGUGGCCGGGGUCGUCUUCUGUGUAACGGGGGAGGUACCGCAAGGAGUCAACCUGACGCCUGGGGAGACCAAAAGAACAGGCAUAGCAGGCACGAUCGGGAGGAGGGUCGGGAAGUUCCCGGGUGGUGGCACGUUGAAGAGACUUCUCCCAGGGACAAGCGGAGCCCCAGGCUCAUCAUCGGGACAGCCUCAGGAGCAGAAUCCGGAGGAGGACCCGGAGCAGGAUCCGCAGCAGGGUGCACCGCCCACCAGCUAG